AGUACUGCCCGUCAACACUGUCUGCAUAAGUAUGUCAGUCACUUCCGCAAAAAAUACAACGCAAAUAAUACAAAGCUGAUUCUUGCUUUUUAAAAUAAUUUCACCUAUAUACAGCGAGCAUGGCGCAAGAAGUCAAUCACUCUGAGCACCGAACGGACUUUUCCGAUGCAGAAGGCGGUAGCUUCGAGAAAACAGUUGAGCUAAAGUGCGAGUUCCGAGCUCCGUCGGCCACAUCAUCUGGACACUCCCAAAGCGAAAAAAAGGAAAAUGUCAGCUAUACUUACACUGAUGUCCGAACACCGCAAAUCAACCCGCCAGCACCAGUAUUAAUCAUUUCCUCGGCUGCGGGAUUGGCACAAGAAAUUGUUGGCGAAGGCUUUUCUGCCUCCGCGGCACGCGUGACCGGAGCCAGCCCGCAGGUCACCGUGACCGAGACACUGACUUCCCAGGAAAAAUACCUCCGUGAACAAGAAAACUACCGCAAAGAACAAGAAGCUUUGGUGCGUAAAUAUGAACGCGCCGUCGAAAAGAUGAACGAAGAAUAUCGCAAGAAAACCGAGCAGGAAGCGGAGAAAAUCCGUAAAGAGAUGGAAAAGCAGCAUGAGCGCGAUAUUGAAUUCCGCAAGGAACUGAUGGAGAAAGCCAUAGAGCGGCAGAAAGAGGAAAUCGCCCUGGAAGCAAAAUAUGCCCGCAAGGAGCUGGAACGGCAGCGCGAGAUGGCAAUGGAGGCACUGGAUAAGACAAAAAAACAAGCGGAUGUCCAGGUCAAUCUGGACACAAUGGCCGGCCACACGGUCAGCGAAAGCCAGAGUCAGAGCCAGCAGAUGGAAGUGGUCGACAUCCCGGCUGAUCAAAAAGAGCCUCAUAAAUCGCUGAGUGCGAAAUUGCGUGAUACUUUUACCAGUAAAUAAUUUGAAAAUCUUUAUUUGUUACUUCAGUGUGCCGUCUCCAUACUUCAAUAUUUUUAAAUCGGUGUUAAAAUGUCUCGACAGGA